UUUUUUCUUCUUUUUAGGCAUUUUUGGCCUUUAAUUAGUCGGUAUUUAAAUUUAAAAAGUUGAUAGACCAGUUCAAACGCUUUUGCAUUCACCAAAAUUUUUUUAAAAUAAAAAUAGAAAUAAAUGAGCGUUAACUUUUUUUGAGGCAAUGAUGAGUGAGGAUUUUUAGUUGGAUUCAUCGGCUGAAUAAAUUUUUUUGGGUAAAUGUGUAAAAGAGAAAGACAAAUUUUUACACAGCUUUUUUGUGUGUUCUCGCAAUCAUUCGAUAAAAGUAUUUUUGAGUCUUCGACAUUAGAGGCAGAUUGUCCAGUGACCAAUUGUCCUAUUUUUCGCCUUUCGUCGAUUUGCCCUAAUUUGACUUCCGUUUUUCGCCGUUCGCUUUUUCGGACGAAAGUCGAAAUUUUUAUACACCCCUAAUGACGGUAUGUGAGGUGUAGAUAUUCUGGGGUGGAGUCGAUUUAUUUGGGCUGGAAAAUUUAGGGACCUCAACAAUUUUGGUACCAUUCUCUUUAGCUCGAUGAGAGGAAUCGUUCAAUACUAGAUUUUGAAAGAUUUGGAAAUUUUGAAGCAAGUUACGGCUUUGCGCCUACUUGGGCGCGCGCCUAAUUGGGCUUUACACGAUUUUUUUUAUUUUUGGCGUUUCGUAUUUUUUUUCGACGGCGGAGCAGUUCAGUUGAGUCCCGGCCCUAUAACCCAAGUACGGGUUGAUUUUUUUAUUUUUUCAGAUUUUUCAGGCUUUAGAAUGCUUCGUUCUAUUCGACCAUUAAAUUCAAUUAUUUGUCCAAAAUUAAAUUCAACUUGGACGUUGCAACGGAUUGCUCAAAACGAAAGAAACUGUUUCCGUCAAUUCUCUUUUACGAGCAAAGUUGAAGAUCGUUAUUACACAAAGAAGCAUGAAUGGAUUGAGUUGGAAAAACAUGUUAAAGGUGAAAUUGGAACUGUUGGUAUUACCGACUUUGCGCAGCAAUCACUUGGUGAUGUCGUCUAUGUAGAACUGCCUGAAGUAGGUACUAAAUUGGCUAAAGAUGACACCGCUGGGGCGAUUGAAAGUGUUAAGGCUGCCUCUGAUCUUUAUUCACCUAUGACUGGAGAAGUUGUCGAAUUGAACGCAGAGGUUCAAGAUAAGCCGCAGCUGGUCAAUAAAUCUUGUUUUGAGAAAGGUUGGCUUUACAAAUUAAAAAUCGUUGACCCAAGUGAACUUUCGCAAUUGAUGGACGAAAAGACUUAUGAAGAAUAUGAGGCAAGUGAGUCAAAUAGUUAG